ACAAGCGCUCAUGCCCGGGCAGCUGUGCCGGGUGCUUUUGAAGGCAGUUUUCAAAAUCGACCAGUAGAGCAUCUAGUUAGCCAAAGAUAGCGUGACAUGAUAGCUUUUAUGUUAUACUUCAAAACAUAAAAGUCCUGACCAGAAUCUAAGUACUGGUCGCUGACAUCAGUGAUUAGCAACACAGAAAGCUAAGUUAGUAGUACGGGGGUGUGUAACUUUAGCUGCGCAUUUUCAACAAACAGCAUUGAUGGAAAAUGAGUUCAUUCGGAGGUCGCAUGAAAGAAUAUCCCAAUAUAUCUCUGGAUCGUUUCGAUCGUGAUAAUUUACAUGCCAGAGCCUAUUUUCUGUCUCAUUGUCACAAAGAUCACAUGAAGGGACUAAAAGGACCUUUACUCAAAAGGAAGCUAAAGUUCAGCUUAACAGUCAAAUUGUACUGCUCACCUGUGACAAAGGAGAUUUUACUGAACAAUCCAAAGUAUGGGUUCUGGGAAGACCAUAUUGUUGCCUUGGAAGUGGACAAUCCGACUCAGAUCUCUCUGGUGGAUGAAAUGUCAGGGGAGAAAGAAGACAUUGUAGUCACACUGCUUCCUGCUGGCCACUGUCCAGGAUCAGUCAUGUUUCUUAUAGAGGGAAACCAAGGGACAGUGCUCUACACUGGGGAUUUCAGAUUGGCAAAAGGCGAGGUCACCCGUAUGGAGUUCUUGCACUCAGGCGGCAGGGUGAAAGACAUUCAGAGUGUUUAUGUGGAUACUACAUUUUGUGAUCCCAGUUUCUUCCAGAUCCCCAGCAGGGAGGCUUGUUUGAAUGGAAUAAUGGAGCUGGUCAGAGACUGGAUUAUACGCAGCCCGUAUCAUGUCGUGUGGCUGAACUGCAAAGCUGCGUACGGCUAUGAGUAUCUCUUCACUAACCUCAGUGAAGAGUUCAACAUGCAGAUCCACGUGAACAACAUGAACAUGUUCAGAAGGAUGCCAGAGAUCUUGUGCCAUUUGACCACCAACCGAAUGACGCAGAUUCAUGCCUGUAGACAUCCCACGGAUGAGGAAUUUCUCCGAGGUUGCAGGGUGCCAUGUGGAUCCACAGCCCCGAAUGGGACCCCACUGAACAUCAUCAGCAUCAAACCCUCAACCAUGUGGUUUGGAGAGAGAACACGGAAGACCAAGAUUGUUGUCAAAACAGGAGCCAGUUCAUACAGAGCCUGUUUCUCCUUUCAUUCAUCCUAUUGUGAGAUUGAAGAUUUCAUAUCCUACAUCUGUCCAGUGAACAUAUAUCCAAAUGUGAUUCCACUUGGCAGAACAUUAGACAGUGUCCAGGAAAUAUUGAAGCCCUUGUGUAGAGAACAUUCCAGAAGGGGAGCAAUCACCUACAAACCACUGGGGAUUCUAAAAAGGGCAAAAGUAGAAGACACUUCAGCAGACUCUGACAGUGAGGAUGAGCUAUUUGAGAUGGAAGAGCUGAGACCCUGGAGGAGGAAGAAACCGCUGCCUCAAAGCCUCAAGCACUUGAGCCCGGAGAAGAGGGUUCCCCCCAACUGUCAGGAGAACGUCUGUCUCGAGUUGCACACUGCUCAGCAAAAUGGGAACUACAUUGACUGCACAGAAUCAAAUGAUGAUGAAGAGGAGGAGGAGGAAGAGGAGCCCACAGAGCUGCAGACGGCCACAGAAAAGCCUUGUAAUGACCACACCAUAAAAUCCAACGAUGGCCAAAAUCCAGCUUCCUGCCCUCGCAGUGAGCCAGCUGAAGGAACUGUAGACCAGCACAAAAUGGUGGACGUUGCCAGCCCCAAACCUGAGCCCCCAAAGUGGGAGGCAUUCUUCACUGCUGACUCCGCGCUGACUGACGAGGGCUCGGAGCUGGAGAGCAGCCAGAACAGCCGGGCUCUGUCGGUGGAGAGGCCGGGGCCUUGGUCCCCGAACCUUUUCAGUGACUCCGACGAUGACUCAACGCACAUCUCCUCCCAGUCUACCCACAUCUCGGACCCAGGGACCGAGGGCCUGAGCCAGGUGGACACUGUCCUUCUCCCUCCGGAGGAAAGGGUAGCAGAGCUACUGAGGAGCCAGCAGAAAGACAAUCUCAAGGACAACCUUCACGGGAACCGCACCAACGAGGUUAGAGGGGAUAGAGGUGCAAGCAGCCUUCAUGAUGGGAACAGUUGGCCACAGCGAAACGUUUCCCCCCAGAAGUCAGAGUCUCAAAUAUCCUCUGAUUUUGAGAUAUCCUCAACACCUGACUCUCAAAUCCCGAACUCAGAUGACCUUAAAGAUUUGUAUAAGAAGUUGGCCGCAGGCGAAGCCAUAGUGCUCAAGAGGGGUAGUCAGGGAACAGUCUGAAGUUAAACAACCAACCCUGCUUUCCAAGGGUCAGUUUGGCUUAUAUUUGAUCAUGUAGAAGUCAGGACACUGCUUCAUGUCCAUCCUCAGCACAUCACAUCAGUCUCACAUCUCUUAGGACACUUGCACCUGCUUAUAGGUUUAUAAAGUAGAGGGGUGUUGAACAUUGAAUUGCUUUAUUUAACCCUUUAAGGUGUAAGAUCACACAUUCUUAACGUAACAUUCCAAUGAUAUAACAAUUACUACAGUUAAUUCAGUUCAAGAACGCACUUAAAUUUUUGUAGAAAAACUCUUCAAGGGAUUAACGUUUGUGUAAUUGACCAAGCUGAUAUAUGUCCAACUAUAUGCCUUCCUUGGGCUUUGCUCAAACAGAAUUACCACUAGAUCUUCCAUUUUAUCACCGAUAUAACUGAUAUCUUCCACCAGACUACCUCCUGUUCAGUUUGAGAUUACAUUCCAUGAACUUCAAGUCUUUACUAUGCGCCUUCCGUCCUUAAUGUUACUAAUUAUGGACUAAUUAUUUCAAUAUGUAAAUAGAAUAACUAAAGCAAUGGAUUUUUCUCCUCAGUAGUUUUAUAAAGUUCUAAGAGCAACCUAAUGUUUUUUUGUGCUGGUAUUUCCAGUGGUAGAAAAUAAAAUGUUGAUUUGAAAAA